CAAACACACAAGACGUUCUGGCCGAAAAAUGGAACUUUGUGGUAAAAGCAGGAAGUCCGGCCGUACGUAGCUGCGUCCGGUCCUGAGUCACGGUGCGGCAGAGAAUGGCUCCGCCGGGUGAAUUCAGAAUGGCGGGGGACGGGGCUGAGCAGAUGGACAUGGAUGAGACUCGCGGUGGCACUGGCUUGCGUCAGUAUUAUUUAUCAAAGAUUGAGGAUCUGCAGUUGGUUGUCAAUGAAAAAAGCCAGAAUCUGAGACGUCUUCAAGCCCAAAGGAAUGAGCUCAAUGCAAAAGUGCGGCUGCUGCGUGAGGAGCUGCAGUUGCUUCAGGAGCAGGGAUCCUAUGUUGGAGAAGUGGUUCGAGCCAUGGACAAGAAGAAGGUUUUGGUUAAGGUCCAUCCCGAGGGGAAGUUUGUUGUAGACAUCGACAAAAACAUUGAUAUAAAUGAUGUGACCCCAAACUGCAGAGUGGCUUUAAGAAAUGACAGUUACACCCUGCACAAAAUCCUACCCAACAAGGUGGACCCGCUAGUGUCGCUGAUGAUGGUGGAGAAGGUUCCAGACUCCACAUAUGAGAUGAUUGGAGGUUUAGACAAGCAGAUCAAAGAGAUAAAGGAAGUCAUCGAACUGCCAGUCAAGCACCCUGAGCUGUUUGAGGCACUGGGGAUUGCGCAACCCAAGGGAGUGCUUCUUUAUGGACCUCCAGGUACUGGGAAGACUUUACUGGCCCGUGCUGUUGCACAUCAUACAGACUGCACAUUUAUCCGUGUGUCUGGGUCUGAACUUGUUCAGAAGUUUAUUGGGGAAGGAGCUCGCAUGGUGCGAGAACUGUUUGUCAUGGCCCGAGAACAUGCUCCUUCUAUUAUCUUCAUGGAUGAGAUUGAUUCCAUUGGGUCUUCACGGUUGGAAGGUGGUUCUGGUGGAGACAGUGAAGUGCAGCGUACCAUGCUUGAGUUACUAAACCAGCUGGAUGGCUUUGAGGCAACAAAGAAUAUUAAGGUCAUCAUGGCAACCAACAGAAUUGAUAUAUUGGAUUCUGCUUUGCUUCGCCCUGGCCGUAUUGACAGGAAGAUUGAGUUCCCACCUCCUAAUGAGGAGGCCCGUUUGGACAUCCUAAAAAUCCAUUCCCGAAAGAUGAAUCUGACUCGUGGUAUCAACCUGCGUAAAAUUGCUGAGCUUAUGCCUGGAGCUUCAGGAGCAGAGGUGAAGGGUGUGUGUACAGAGGCAGGCAUGUACGCUCUGCGUGAAAGAAGGGUACAUGUCACACAAGAAGACUUUGAAAUGGCAGUAGCAAAGGUGAUGCAGAAAGACAGUGAGAAGAACAUGUCUAUAAAGAAAUUAUGGAAAUGAAUACGCCAUAAAAUCUUCUCAGCUCUAUUAUGUGUUCUGUACAGCUGCUAGUGUUUUUCAUCCUGCAGUCUCCCUUGUGUAGUCACGGCACCCCAGGGAAAACGCUUCUAAUUUGGAAACUGAGCUGUUAUUGUCACCACCAUACUGUAACCAGCAAGGGGGCUGUAUCCAAAGGGAAAACGCCCGUCAUGGGACACGUGGAUUGCUGAUGCAUGUAAGCCCCCCUUUAUUCAAUUUUUUUUUUUUUUGGGUGUGUACACUGAUCAUAUGGGGGACUGAAGCAGCAAGAUGUCUUUUCAAUUACUAUUGAACUAGAUCUAAAUUUGUUUUUGUAAUAUUACUGAAUCUGUCAUCUGUUUUUAAUAAAGAACAGAACAAGUUAAAAAAAAAAA